UUGUCAUAGAAACUGGCAAAGUUGAUUCAAACACCCAAAUUUAGCAUUUGUCUGAAAAGAAGCCAUGCUCGAUCUCCAUCUCUGUGUCUAUUUAUCUAUCCAUCCCCCCAUCUUUCAGUCCAUGAUCGUUCUAUCAUCUCUCCAUAAGCCAUAAUCUCCUCCACCUUCCUUCCUUCCUCUUGGCUUGCAAUGCGGUGGCCGGGCCUCUGGAGGCACAUUGCGAGCCUGUUGUGCCGUGGAGCAUGCGCCGUCUCUGGUCCUCGAGCGCAUGGAGGGAGCGAGGCAGGCCUCUCUGAAGCCCUCGGGGAGGCCUGAUCUGUGCAAGCGGUCCAGAGGCCUCCGUCUUGCAAAAGAGUCUGCACUCUGGAACUCCUAACCUUCGUCUUAACUGAAUGAAUUUUGGAAAUUAGAAGGAAGCUGCCUAAAGAGAGCUCUUAUGACUAAGGAAGAUACCAGAAGAGAUACCUGUGUGAAGGGUGAACUCUUGAAAGAUAUCACCAUCAGCAAAGAGGAAGGAUUUAAUGCUAUGGCAGCAGAUGAAAGUGCUAUAGAGAAGCAAGUUGGGGAACCCAAGAUGGCCCCCGAUGGCGAGACCAACGGCUCUUGCGAGUGCAGUGACACCAAGGGCCACCCCGGUGCAGCUAAGAACACUCAGGACGGCGCAAAAGUGAGCCAAGGGGACUCCGCGGCCAAGCUGAGCCGGAUAGCGGAAAAUGGCCUUUUGGAGAGAGACGGCCUUGCCGGGAAGCAGAACCACAUCAAAGCCAACGACUUUACGCAGACGUCGGUCACGGGGAGCAAUGGGUACAUUUUAUCAAAACAGAUGGCUCAGGAGGCGCCCGCCAGGACUAACAGCGGGGCGUUUGCUUCCCUCCCUGGCCAUGCGGCCAAAACCCUCCCUGCGGGCAAGGGGAGAACGUUGAGCGCCUUUGCCCAGGCCGCUCUGCCGACAAAACACGGGGACGGCGCCAAGGACGGCGAGGGGAAGAAAAACACAGGCGCACAUGGCAGCAUGAAGGUUCAUAGAGCGCGGAAGACGCUGCCCAAAUCUCCCUCGGACCAGAAUGCAAGUCAAGACUCCAAAGAAGCCAAAACACCGAAGGAAGAUGGCAACACAGAUAUGUUGGAAUUUGGAAACCCCGCUUCGUUGCCCCCCAUCCUUGGCCUUCAUUCAUCUCUACCUCAGAACCAGAGCUAUGUGGCCACCUCCAAAUCGCAGACAGCCGCUUCGGUAUCUCGCAAGAAAAAACGAAGAAUGGGGACUUACAGCUUGGUUCCCAAGAAGAAGACCAAAGUUUUGAAGCAGCGGACGAUGACCGAGAUGUUCAAAAGCAUAAUGCAAGCCGCUUCUGGUGUCAAGGGUGACAAGGGUGACGCCAGCCUGCAUGUGAAUGGAGAAAGGCUAGACAUGGAGUCUGAAGAGGAGGAUUCGGAUGAACUGGAAGAAGACGACGAACGUGGGACCGACAACCCAGCCGCUUUUCCUGCGGAAGACAACCGGACGGCUAAAGAAGGGGAUGCGGACGCUAGCAAUACCAUAAAGAUGGUGGACGGCGAAUCUGAGGAGGAUCAAGACUUCGGAGAGUCUGCCGAAGAGGAGGAAGACGGUGAUGAGUCCGAUUUGGCCUCGGCAGGGGUCUGCUCUUGGUUGCCAAGGGCCAAGACCAGAGCGUGGUCUGCACAGGGAAGGCCACGGGCGGACGGAGCCGCAGGCGAGGAACAGGGACGUAGUCCGGACCGCCAUGGUCCCGGGCCCAGUUCUGCAGGAGGCAAGAGUUCGGAAUCCAGUCUCAAGAAAAAGAUGAUGAAGCGGAAAGGGAAGCCGGAGAGCCCUUGGUUGAAACCCACCCGGAAAAGGCGGCGGAGAAGUCGAAAGAAAAAAGGUGGCACCUUAGGUCCCGAAGCCUAUAAGCCGCCUCUGGGGAGCGGAGACGGGGCCCAGCCGGAGAGCAACAUGGAGUACAUGGAGGUCUCCCUGGAUUCCUUGGAUCUCCGAGUGAAGGGGAUUCUAUCUCCGCAAUCAGAAGGUCUUUCCAACGGUCCCGAAGCGGCCGAAGCAGACAGCCUUCAGGAAGUGCCUCUCUGCAGCUGCCGGAUGGAGACGCCCAAAAGCCGAGAGAUCACCACGUUAGCCAACAACCAGUGCAUGGCGACCGAGAGCAUAGACAAGGAGCUGAGCCGGUGCACGAACCGUGUGCUGAAAUACGAGCUGAUGCGCCCCUCGAACAAAGUCCAGCUCCUGGUCCUGUGCGAGGACCAUCGAGGGAGAAUGGUGAAGCAUCAGUGCUGCCCCGGUUGCGGCUUCUUUUGUGCAGCGGGCACGUUCAUGGAGUGCCAGCCGGAGAGCAGCAUCUCACACCGGUUCCACCAGGACUGUGCCUCCCAGGUCAAAGGCACGAGCUACUGCCCGCACUGCGGAGAGGAGGCCUCCAAGGCCAAGGAAGUGACGGUCGCAAAAGCCGAUACCACGUCCACGCUCCCGCAGAGCUACGAGCAGAAGAAACCCAGCGUUUCAGAGGGAAGGGCGGACACAACGACAGGAAGUGGGAUCGUAACGCAAACAUCCGAAGAGGCCAGGCUGGAGAAUUCCUCUUCAGAGGGCUUUGACUUGGCCGGGACGUCUUCCUUUCCCAAACCGGCCCCGCCAGGUCUGCCCCAAGGACCGGUCAAAGAAACCUUGGAAAGCGCCUUGAUCGCUCUGGAUUCGGAAAAGCCCAAGAAAUUGCGGUUCCACUCCAAGCAGCUGUAUUUCUCGGCCAGACAAGGGGAGUUGCAGAAAGUUCUCCUCAUGCUGGUGGACGGGAUCGAUCCCAAUUUCAAGAUGGAGCACCAGAACAAGAGAACUCCUCUCCACGCUGCUGCGGAGUCUGGACAUGUGGACGUUUGCCAUAUGCUCAUUCAGGCUGGUGCUAACAUUGACACAUGCUCUCAGGACCAGAGGACCCCGCUGAUGGAGGCGGCAGAGAACAACCAUCUGGAGACUGUGAAAUACCUCAUCAAGGCCGGAGCGCUAGUCGAUCCCAAGGAUGCGGAAGGGUCCACUUGUUUGCACUUGGCAGCUAAGAAGGGCCAUUACGACGUGGUGCAGUAUCUCCUGACCAACGAAGAAAUGGACGUCAACUGCCAGGACGACGGAGGCUGGACGCCAAUGAUCUGGGCCACGGAGUACAAACAUGUCGAGUUGGUGAAGCUGCUCCUGGCCAAAGGGUCCGACAUCAACAUCCGAGACAAUGAAGAGAACAUUUGUUUACACUGGGCGGCGUUCUCGGGGUGCGUCGACAUCGCGGAGAUCUUGCUGGCCGCCAAAUGUGACUUGCACGCGGUGAACAUCCACGGGGAUUCGCCCCUGCACAUCGCGGCACGGGAGAACCGCUACGAGUGCGUCGUCCUCUUUCUGUCUCGUGGUUCAGAUGUCACCCUGAAGAAUAAGGAAGGGGAGACGCCGCUCCAGUGCUCGAGCCUCAAUUCUCAAGUCUGGGUGGCCCUGCAGAUGAACAAGACCCUCAAAGAGUCCUCUCCCGACAAACCCGUCCAGUUGGAGAAGACACUGAGCAAAGACAUCGCCCGGGGUUAUGAGCGGAUCCCCAUCCCGUGCAUCAACGCCGUCGACAGCGAGCCCUGUCCUACCAACUACAAAUACGUCUCCCAGAACUGUGUGACUUCCCCGAUGAACAUCGACAGGAACAUCACCCAUUUGCAGUACUGCGUGUGCAUAGAUGACUGCUCCUCCAGUAAAUGCAUGUGUGGACAACUAAGUAUGCGCUGCUGGUACGACCGGCAGGACGGCCGUCUCUUGCCAGAAUUCAACACUGCGGAGCCCCCCUUGAUCUUUGAGUGUAACCAUGCCUGUUCUUGUUGGAGGACUUGCCGGAACCGCGUGGUCCAAAACGGGCUCCGGGCUCGGUUACAGCUUUUCCGGACGAGGAACAUGGGCUGGGGCGUGCGGACGAUGCAAGACAUUCCAUUGGGGACCUUUGUGUGCGAGUACGUUGGAGAGCUGAUUUCCGAUUCCGAGGCAAACGUACGUGAAGAAGACUGCUAUCUUUUUGACCUUGGCAACAAGGACAGAGACGUCUACUGCAUAGAUGCCCGCUUCUAUGGCAACAUCAGCCGCUUCAUCAACCAUUUCUGCGAGCCAAACCUCAUCGCCGUGCGCGUCUUCAUGUCCCACCAGGACCUGCGCUUCCCUAGAAUUGCCUUCUUCAGCAGCAGACACAUCCAGGCGGGAGAAGAGAUUGGGUUCGACUACGGCGAAAGGUUCUGGAACAUCAAGGGCAAGUACUUCAGUUGCCUGUGCGGCUCCCCAAAGUGCAGGCACUCCAGCGCCGCCUUGGCUCAGCGGCUGGCGAGCCCUUCGCUCUCCCCGGAGGCCUCCGAAAACAGACUCCCUGACACCAGCUCAACGGUAGCAGCGGCCAGCACCCCCUUUUGAGGGCUUCCUUGUCUCCCCUUUGACACCACAACUGCACCCCAAAACCCGGUCACCAAAAAAGCAGCCACAGAUUGAAUGCAUUUCCAUGUUCCCCGAGAAGCUGGGUAGCAAGGCACGACCACAAACAACCCUUAUUGGAGGGACAGACAGAAAGACGGAUGCCUUGUCGUCGUGACAAAAGCAGGACCCCUGACGCAGCUCCACCCUGGACCUCUCAGUGUUCACCGAGCCAAGGGAGCGGUCUGCCUCUCUCUCCCACCUAAAGGUUCGAAUGGACUCAGAUCCCCUUGUAAUAAAAACUCUGAAUACUUGAUGCUGCCGAUUCUUUUUCCCGGCCAAAGCUUCCCCUUUGGCGCACAGCUCAGCUUACCGCCGGACCUUACUUCCCUUUCGCUGAUACCGCUGGAAGACGACGGAGAACACAACGGAGAAUGGUGUCUUCCUUCUCUGUUUGGAAACAACAACGUGCCUGCUUAGAAUGAGCGGUUGGCUUCUUGCUUCCCUUUUGGCCUCUUCCACAACUGGCUCUCCAUUUGUCCUGGGCCUGGAAGGCAUUUCUCUGAAGCUCCCCAUCACAGCGUCUUCUCCGCUGCAUAUUUCUCUUGGGCAUAUUUCUUGCCCUUCACCUCCUCCCUCUUCUCUAUUCCUCUUCGUCUUGCUCUCCUUCCACCUUUCCUUCUUUUUCUCUUUCCUCUUCUUGUGAUCCAUAUUUUUCUUCUUCUUCUCAUUCAUGAUUGGGUCAUUCCAAGCCAAGUGGUCUCAACCUUCCUACCAUCACGUUCUCCAAUUUCGUUCAAAUUUUAGCCAAAGCGCCAGUCAGGUGUUAAACUAAGUUCCCCAAAAUGUGAGGUCUCUGACUACAAUUGUUUCUGAUCAAGACACCCCAAUAUCAUUUAUGAAAAUGCCAUUUUUGGGGUCUAAUAAAACUGAAAAUAAAUGUAUAAGAAUGGCUAGUAAAUUGAAAUCCUGUAGUUUUUUUUCUGUGAAAUUGAUUGUAACAUCAUGGAUGCUAAAUCCAGUCAAACAAGUUGACUCCAAGGGUGCAUCAAAAUGUGUCGCGACAAAUUUUGACCAAUAUUUAGACUGCAAAUCAGGCUGCAACCAUUUCCAUGCAAUUGAAGAUCUGGACUUGAAAUUUUGACCAAACAUUAUGCUCGUGCUGGACAUAAUAAAAUUGAAACUGGGUGUAUAAGAAUGGCUAGUAAACUGAAAUCCUGGAGUUUUUUUUCUGUUGUCACCUAUGAAAUUGAUUUUAACAUAAUGGAUGCUAAAUCCAGUCCAACAAGUUGACAAGCAAAUGUGUCGCGACAAAUUUUGACCAAUAUUUAGACUGCAAAUCUGGCUGCAACCAUUUCCAUGCAAAUGAAGAUCUGGACUUGAAAUUUUGACCAAGCAUUAUGCUUGUGCUGGACAUAAUCCUGCCAGAUUUGCAACUACCCAGCAUCUAUAACCACCCUUUUCUCUUCAAAUUUGGUACUGUCAACACAAAUAGUAAAAUCUACCCAAGUUCAAAGCCAGUUAAUAAAAAAAGUGUCUACCUGAAUAUGCUUGUGAAUAGUAUCACAAUUGCUCUACAAGACUGAUAUGUUUUUGUUUUGCAAUGCAACCAUUAAGUAUCCAUUUACUCAGGUCAAAGUAUGUUAUACUUUGUGCAUUUCUGCAUUAUACAUCUUCAUGAUCCUGCAGAAAAAACUGUACAAGAUUUCAUAGUUUUAUUAGACCCCAAAAAUUGCAUUUUCUUAAAUGCACACUGACUGGACUGUCUUUCACAUAAGGGAGUCUAGAUCAGCAACUAUUGCAGUCAGAGACCUCAAAUUUUGGGAGAUUUAGUUUAACACCUUACCCGCACUUCAGCUACAAUUUGAACAAAAUUGGAGACGUGAUGGUCGGAAGGUUUAGACUGAAUGUUGCAUCUAUAAUGUUAAAAUCAGUUUCAUCGCAAUCGUACAGGAUUUCAAUUGACUAGCCAUUCUUACACAUUUUGAUUCAAUUUUAUUUUAUCCCAAAAUGGCAUUUUCUCAAAUGUUAUGCGCAUGCUGACUGACUACUUUUCAUGUAAGGUCUAGAUUAGCAGCUAUUGCAAUUAGAGACCUCACAUUUUGGGAUAUUUAGUUUAACACCUGACCAGCGCUACAGCUACAGUUUGAACAGAAUUGGUGACGUGAUGGUGGGAAGGUUUAGACUGGAUGUUGCAUCCGUAAUGACCCCAAAAUGGCAUUUUCUUAAAUGUCGUGCCGACGCUGACCGACUACUUUUCGGAUAAGAAGGUUUGGAUCAGCAACUAUUGUAGUUUAAUACCUCAUAUAUUGGGAAACUUAGUUUAACACCUGACUGGUGCUACAGCUACAAUUUGGACAAAAUUGGAGAAUGUGAUGGUGAGAAUCUAUUUAAAAGUUUUAGACCCCUUGGCAUGGAAUGACCCGAUCGUCUUCUUCCUCCAGAUCCCUUCUCGACUUUCUCCACCUGAUCCUCUUCCACCUUCUCCGUUCCUUCUCUUUCCUCCUCUGUUUUGUCAUGCUAGAAAGCCUUCAGAAACAUGUCCUAAAUGCCAUUAACACCUUGGAAAUAAGAGAACCGGACAGAGGCUUUGGCGAGAGAGAAACCAACGGUUGAAGGAGCAAGCAGACCCCGAGGAGUAGAUCCUUUAGUCUCCCAUUGGGCUCCUUUCCUCCUCCUCUUAAGCUGCACGUUGUGACAAUAAAGUCGGACUGAACUGGUUUUGUUUCUUACCUUUUCGGGGAGGCGAAUUGGGCCCUGGACGUAAGAGCCCGGCGCCAUCCUCUUUCCACCUGAGCAAUCUAAACGGUGCUGAUUCUAGUGUGAUUUUUACUCACUGCGUUGAAUUAUAAAAAUAAUUCAGUUGUACAAUAAAACCGGGGUGGGGAAAAGAACAAAAUGAUUUUAGUAUAAAAUGCAGGGACAAAAAAACCCACACCCCACAGGACUUCUUUUUUUAAAGAAAUUGUUAGUAUUGUAGUGAGGAUAAAUCUGUUACCACCUUUUCUGUGGUGGCAAAGCAGGUCAUUUUAAUUUCCCUUUCAUAUAUCUUUAAAUACUGCAACUAGUGCAGUACCAGGUUUGGGGUCUGUCUCUUAUUUCUCCUUCUCUUCUAAAAAACCCAUUCAUAUUGCCAGGUUUUUUUUGUUUUUGUUUCGUUUUUGUUUUGGAUUUUUCCCCCUCCUGUUUUCAACUGUUUAAAAAGGGUGCCGUCUUUGGGCUCUUUUGUCAUUUCCUUGUUCUGUUUUCAAUGAGAUCAAUAAAAAGUGCUUUCAAAUA